AUGCAAGAUGUCCAAGAAUGGAACGCAGGCGAGGGAUCUCUUGAUUUCACCCUCUCUGCCAUCUCACAACUUCCCGAAUCUCUACUGAGAGCAGAGCUCCAGCGCCGAAAUGUGAACCAAGCUGUGGACUCGGACGAUACUCCAUCAUGCGGCUCGCGCCAACGUGGUGCGUACAACACGCCAUUGCAUGUCAUGGCGCUUUUUCUCAUUCUUGUCUUGAGUACCUUCGCCUGCUCGUUUCCAGUUCUUGCGCGUCGCUUUCCCCGUCUUCCAAUUCCACGCCGAUUCCUCUUUAUCUCGAGGCAUUUUGGCACAGGUGUCCUGAUCGCAACGGCGUUCGUACACUUGCUCCCGACUGCCUUCAUGUCUUUGACCGACCCAUGUCUUCCUCGAUUCUGGAGUCAGUCCUAUCGAGCCAUGGCUGGAUUUGUGGCAAUGGUAUCCGUAUUUGCCGUUGUGAUAGUAGAGAUGUUUUUCGCUAUGAAGGGAGCCGGCCAUGUUCAUGGAAACGAUUACGAUACUUUGAUGGGCGAUAUUGGUCGAGAAUCUCUCGAUGACUUCCGACAUGAAGCUCCUGAUUACUCCCAGUUGGACACUCGAACUGCAUCGGGUGAUAUCAGAAUGGAGGGCUUACAGCAAAAUGGUCAACUGGGUUCUACCGACCCUGCUCGCUCGCACAAUACUGAAGGUCAACACGUUGGCGGCUCACAUCUAGAUAAAGACGAGGAUGCUGAUAUCGAAGGACUGGAUGUAUAUGCGGAUGACAUCCCAAUAAAUGGACAACCUCGUGCCUCUACUCACUCGGCCCAUCGUCAUCGACCGCGUUUGAGCGAGCACUACCGGUCGCAGGCGGGUUCCGACAUGCCAAUUCAGAAUCCGCAGCGCCAACUUCUACAAUGCCUGCUUCUGGAGGCUGGUAUUCUGUUUCACAGCAUCUUUAUCGGUAUGGCUCUCAGUGUUGCAACGGGAACAUCAUUUGUUGUUCUCCUGAUUGCCAUAAGUUUUCAUCAAACCUUCGAAGGCUUCGCACUAGGGUCGCGCAUUGCGUCGCUCAUACCUGACCUCUUUUCACCGUCAUCCAUGAAGCCUUGGCUCAUGUCACUGGCCUAUGGGACCACCACUCCUCUAGGUCAAGCGAUCGGAUUGAUAUUACAUAACAUGUAUGACCCUGCAAGCACAACGGGUCUGCUCAUGGUCGGAAUCACCAACGCAAUUAGCAGUGGUUUGCUUCUCUUUGCGGGCCUUGUUGAACUGCUCGCCGAGGAUUUCUUGAGUGAAUCUAGUUAUGAGACUCUCAGGGGUAGACGACGAGUUGAGGCUUGUGUGUCUGUUGCCUGUGGUGCUAUUCUUAUGGCACUUGUUGGGGCCUUUGCCUAA